GUCACUGCCCCGCACCGAGACACGAAGGACACGGCGCCCGCAGCGGGAGCGGGACCGGUACCGGGAGCGGGGCUGAGGCUGAGCCGGGGAGCGGCGGCGCCAUGAGCGGCUACAGCGAGGACGAGAAACUGCGGCUGCAGCAGCUCCGGGCCCUGCGGCGCCGCUGGCUGCGGGACCAGGAGCUGAGCGAGCGGGAGCCCGUCCUGCCGCCGCGGCAGCUGGGCCCGGUGGCCGCCUUCUGGGAACGCUUCCUGCAGCCCGGGGGGCUCUGGCGGCAGCAGGUGUUCAAGGUUUUCCAGACCGGCGGCUACGUCCUGACGCGGGUCCUGAUCCCCGCCUGGGUCAUCCUCUACUACCUGAAGUACCACGUGGCGAAAUCUCCCCAUGGAAUUGUGACAUCAAACCCACGGAUAUUUCCAGGGGACAGGAUUUUGGAGACAGGAGAAAUUAUUCCCCCCCUGAAAGAUGAACCUGGUGCACACCACUGAUGGCUGAGAGCUGCUCUUCUCCAGCAAGCAAGGCAAGAGCUGCAGCUGCUUUCUCUCUCUUAUAAAAGGCUCUGAACUCUU